AUCAUACUUGGUCGUCCAUAUAAUACAACUAUUCCUGGCGACUGUCGCGUAGAUGUAAAUUGAAGCACCUCGAACCUUCUUCGGAGAAGUAAAACGCUACCCAAUUGUCCCCGCCCACUACUCUUCUUCAUCUGUUCCACGUGAUACCGAACUAGAUUUCUUGUUUGUGACUGCAAACGCUUCCUCUCGAACCUCACGACCAUCACCAGAAUCGCAUCCGUAGUUCAUCAUGGGUUCCGUCGUGUUGCCGCAUCUGCGAACCGCCUGGCACGUCGACCAAGCCAUCCUGUCUGAGGAAGACCGACUUGUGGUCAUCCGAUUCGGUCGCGACCAUGAUGUCGACUGCAUGCGUCAAGAUGAAGUCCUCUUCAAGAUCGCCGAGCGGGUCAAGAACUUCGCCGUGAUCUACCUCUGCGACAUCGACGAGGUCCCCGAGUUCAACACGAUGUACGAGCUCUUUGACCCGAUGACCAUCAUGUUCUUCUACCGGAACAAGCACAUGAUGUGUGAUUUCGGCACGGGUAAUAACAACAAGCUGAACUGGGUGCUGGAGGAUAAGCAGGAGAUGAUCGAUAUCAUCGAGACCAUCUACAAGGGGGCCAAGAAGGGCCGCGGUCUGGUGGUCAGUCCUAAGGAUUAUUCGACAAGAUAUCGUUACUGAGCUGGCUGGUUGCGUUGGCUGUGGUCUUGGGGGUGGAUGGAUGGGAGGUUUUUUUUGUGUCGUUCUUAGUUUAAUGAGUUUAUGAAAUGGGUAGAGCAGCUUGAUACGCGGUGAGAUGCACACUAUUCUAACU